UGGGAACCGAAAAUGUUUGUUUUCCAUUCCUCGCGAUGCCCACUUCGACCUCUCGAACCACUCUCUUUUGUUGUCUUCACCACUUCUUCUUCUUCACAGUUGUAUCCACGCUCGCUACUCUCUAUCUUAACCACUUCUAUAUCUACUUCUACAAUGCGUUUCUCCGUCAUCUCCUCCUCCAUCGCCGUCCUCGCCGUCGCUGGCCUCUCUGCCGCUACUCCUCCCGCUUGUCUUCUUGCUUGCGUCGCUAGCGUCACCAAGGACUCCGACUGCUCUUCCGUCGCCUCCGUCUCCUGCCUCUGCUCCAGCGAGUCCAGCGCCAUGAAGUCCUGCCUCAACAGCAUCUGCCCUAACGGAGACGCUGACACAGCCAUCUCUUCUUUUGAGUCGACCUGCAGCAGCUUCGGUGCCUCUGCCAGCUCCUCGGCCUCUUCUACCAAGGCCUCCUCUACUAAGGCUUCUUCUACUAAGACUUCCACUGUUUCCUCUACUUCCACUUCCUCCACUUCUUCCUCGACCAAGGUUUCCACCACCUCUUCUUCUUCUACUUCUUCUUCUUCCUCUACCUCUUCCUCCUCCUCUGUCUCCUCCUCCUCUACUUCCUCUACUUCCUCUUCCACCUCCACCUCCACCUCCACCUCCACCUCCUCCUCCUCCUCCUCCUCGACCUCCACCUCGGUCGUCUCCUCCACUUCGACCUCCUCGACCCCCGUCGUCUCGUCGACCUCGACCUCCUCGACCCCCGUCGUCUUGUCGACUUCGUCCUCCUCGACUACCCCCGUCCUCAUCUCGUCGACCUCGUCCUCGUCCGCCGAGUCGUCGACCUUCUCGACCUCGACCUCCUCCGCCGUCGGUGGCUACUACCCCACUUACAACACUACCAACUCGACCAAUGCCUCGGCCACCACCACCGGCCCUGCCAUCGUCACUCAGUCGAGCACUGGUUCCAAGUUCGUUGCCUCGGUCUCGGCUGGUCUCCUUGCCGUCGUCAUGGCCGUCUUCAUGGCUUAAAUCUUCUAAUUGACAAUCAGCAUCAUACAGUCAAUAGAGUGUGCUGAAUGAUACAAAACCUACUUAUCUCGUCUUUCUCUAAGCGACUUAUUCUUACAAACUAUUCUUCAAUUUUGUUUAUGUUUAUAAAAAGUAUGACAAUUAAUGUGAUGGCGAGGAUAGCUCACAUCUUUUAAUGUGUACUCGGCCAUUUAUGGGAUAUUUUUUGUCAUUUAUGUAUAGCAAAUGUUUGAAUACCACGACUUAUUCUAUAUACUAGCUCCAGUACUAUAGCUCCAGUAACUGCUCGACUUCGUAACUAUGCAGAUAACUACAU